AGGCGGGGUGAGGAUAUCAAUCGCACCCUCCUCUUAAAGGCAGCAGAGGAAACGGGAUGCAGGCUAACUGUGACAACGAUACCGCUUUUAUUUUAUUCACGGUUUUACUACAAACAGCGGCAAUGACAUAGAGCCCCGCUAGGCCGUACGUGGCAGAGUCUGUCCCAGCUUCCGUGAACCGGUGCCUUUGUGUGGCGGGAACCCCGGCUCCAUGUCGGUUUGUUGUUCGGGUUAGCUGCCUCCACAGCUAGCAUCCUGCUUGUGUUCACGGUGCAGAGGGAGUUAGCCUCAGAGGAAACGGGCAGCCUUUAUCCGGUGAAAGGGGCUUCAGAUCUCUCCCGGGACUGUCUCACACGAUGGACAGGGACCCGCCACUGCAGCAGCAACACACCUGGUGAACCUGUGGUUAGCAUCAGGCCUGAGUACCAGCACCCUCCCACCGCUGCCUCCUUCCCCCUGGGCUGCCCCUGGAGUACAAACCCUCUCCUCUUCUUCCAUGAUCACAAUGGAGCCGGCGCUGAACCCGCUGCCCCAUUUCCCAGAAAACUCCUAUAAAAUGACUGAGGAGGACGUGAAGAGGCUGAUUGAAUUCCGUGCAUCCAAUGAGGCUCUGUUCACAGGGAAGAGGAAUUCAGCCAAGAUUGCAUGGAGCACCAUCUUAAAAGGCCUGGGUCUGGAGGGGAAACUCACAGCAGACCAGAUUGCUAAAAAAUGGGACAACCUGAGGACGAAAUACAAGGACCUGAAACAGCCUUACCAGGGCCAAGACAACAUCGGGGCUGUGGUGGAGUCGUGGCCCUGGUUUCACAUCAUGGAUGAAGCGAUGCAGGGUCGUCUCUACAACAGCAACCUGGUGCUAAGCCCGGAGAUCCCUGGACAAAUCGUUCACCGUGGGAACAGCCAGGUCAGCCAGAACCAGGAGAACACCGACAUCCUUGAGUUCCUCAUCAAAACAGAGAUGGAGGACACAGUGGCAGUUGAACACACAGAGGAUGAUGGCACAGUUCACACAGAGGCUCCUCCCAUUGAGGGAGUUCCGAUGGGUUGGAGGAGGAUGUCUGAGUGCACCUAUAAAAUGACAGAACCAGAAACGGAGAGAAUGAUCAAACUUCGAGCUGCAAAUGAGGCACUCUUCACAGGCAGAAAGCAUUCGGCAAAGCCUGCCUGGAGAGCCAUUUUGUAUGAGCUGGGGCUUCAGGGAAAGGUGACUACAGACCAGUUAGCCAAGAAGUGGGACAACCUGAAGAGGAGAUACAAGGAGCUGAAGUUUCCAGCUCGAGGUGUGGAGACGAACCCGAGCUCCUGGCCCUGGUUUUACAGAAUGAACGACGCCAUGGAGGGCCGGUUCGCUGGAGCAGCACCCAUCCUCACACCUAUUGUGGAGGAUGAAGAUGAAUACUGUGAACCUCUGUCACCAACCCCCAAGAAACGAGCCAGACGGACUCGAGGAGGGAUGGCUGAGUUUCUUACAGAGUCAGAAAUGGACUUACUAGUUGAUAAUGAAGAGAAGAAUGGUUCUUCAGCUCUGGGAGAUCUGCACCGGAUGACUGAGUUCACCUACAAAUUGACAGAAGACGACACAAGGCGGUUAAUUGAGUUACGAGCUGCUAACGAGUCUCUGUUUACCGGGAGGAGAAACACAGCUAAACCAGCUUGGAGGGGGAUCGUGAAGGAGAUGGGUCUGACAGGGAAGAUAACGCCUGACCAGGUCGCCAAGAAGUGGGACAACCUGAAGACCAAAUUCAAGGACCUGAAGUUUCCUCCACGGGGGAUGGAGGGCCAAACCAACCCCGCUUCCUGGCCCUGGUUCCAGUUAAUGAGUGACGCUCUGGAGGGCCGGCUAGCAGGGAAAGCUCCCAGGGUUACGCCCAUCUGGACAAACGAGGAGGACGCCGUAUUCGGCUCAUCUCCACCUGCUCCUGACAGAGACUGUUUAAUGGCAGAGAGGAACAGCAUGUCAGAGCUGGAGAGCAUGGUGGGAGGAGACAAUGCAGAGGCUGAUGGGAAUGUUGUCUCCAUCGACGCCAGCGGGGAGGGAGUGUUCAACCCCUCAGACCUUUCUUAUAAAAUGACAGACCAGGACACACGCAAGAUGAUUAAACUGCGAGCUGCUAAUGAGGCAUUGUUCACUGGGAGGAGAAAUGCUGCUAAGGCUGCCUGGAAAGCCAUUCUGAAGGAACUGGGUUUACAGGGAAAGGUCUCAACCUACCAGAUGGCAAAGAAAUGGGACAAUCUGAAGAGGAGAUACAAGGAUCUGAAAUAUCCCCCAGUAGGGAUGGAGAGUGUCGCAGACGGCGCCUCCUCCUGGCCGUGGUUUCACCUCAUGAAUGAAGCUAUGGAGGGUCGCCUGGUGAACAGUGCCCCCCUCCUCACCCCAGUCACUCAGGAUGAUGAGCAGCACCCUGACCCCGCCCCCAGACACAGGCCCCGCCCUGCCCCUCCACCUCCCCCCUCCUCCUCCUCAGACUAUGGACAGGAGUCAUUCAAUGACACCACGGAGCAGAACCAGCGGAACUCGGAGCCUUGCGACGGGCCGCUGGGGGGACUGGAGCGGGAGUGGGAGAUGGUGGAGCGGGAGAGGGCUGCACUGGAGCGAGAAAGGGAAAUGGUGGAGCGAGAUAGGGCAGCUGUGGAGAGAGAGAGGGCAGCGGUGCAGGCAGAGAGGCUGUGGCUGGAGAGGGAGCGGGCAGCGGUGGAGCGGGACAGAGCGAUGGUGGAGCAGGAGAGAGCGGCGUUGGGGCGAGACAGGGAGGUGCUGGACCAGCGAGCUUUGAUGCUGAACUCUGUAGGACAUUCUGGACACCUCAAUUCACUAAUGUAGACCUUCAUGAGGUGUAGACUGCUCUGAGGAUGUUGAUCAUCCCUGAUUCCCGGAGGAUGGUGUGGAAGAGAGUGCGGUUAAUCAUGCUGCAAGCUGGAGUAUAGACCUCUGUGCAGUGCUUUGCGAAGCCAUGUUUGGUGGCAAACAGAGUGGCUGUAGGUUUUCCAUACAUUGUGGGGUAAACGAUGAUGAAAUGGGUAAAUGGUCCUGGAAUUGCACAACACUUAAAUAGUAGGGCUGCACUAUUACUAUUAUGUUUUCAUCACAAUGUUCACAUCUUAUUUAACUUUUUAUUGAGGUUUGGCCUUUCCAUUGAAACAUUGGAAACUAAAGGGUUGUCCACACAAGUUUUAAGAAUUGGUUCAUCUCAACUGGUUGUUUAAGUGGAACAUAGUGGAAUGCAAAGUUCUCAGAGUCCUUUUCAGCACCUUUUGAUGAAUGAAAGAAAACACUGAGUACUCUUCAAAAUGCAACUGAAUUUUCCUAAUCCACCCUCUUGUGUGGAAGUAGUACAGUUAUAUUCCUGAGUAGGGGUGUAGCGUUGCACUCAUUUGUACCAAAUGUUUCGGAUCGGGGCUUUCGAUACGAUACAGAGGUGUUCCAAACGAAUACAUGUAGCCUGUGCGAAGAAUGCAAACACUAUGGAAGCAGGGUGGACACAAGCACAACCCAUGUGCAGGGUUCUCUCUCUCUCUCUCUCUCUCUGUCUCUCUGUCUCUGUCUCUCUCUGUCUCUGUCUCUGUCUGUGUGUAUAUUUAUACAUUCAGCAGCGGCAAAUUCUUAGUGCCGCUGCAAAACAAACCAAAACAUGACGACAGAGUAUGACAGAGGCACAGAAGCUGGGUCGGACGUUCGAAACAUGUUGCGUUUCUCUUUCGUUUUUCAGUAUGUUGUGGCACAAGGGUCCACAGGUUCCUUUAUAGCGAAAAGGUUUUUAUUUUUUAGUUCAAGUUAACAAAAUCAAGUGAACCUGCUCCUCUUCUCCUUCACUGUGCCUCUGCUGCAGUGUUACUGUGAGGUGAUGUUCACAGCACCUCAGGGAAUACUGUGAGGCAUUCACAAACACUCAGUAAAUUACAGAGUUUGCCAUAAACGAACACUGAACAUUCAAAAUUGUAUAACAUGUGGGUUGCCACAUAAUUAAUGCACAAAUGACUGAACAAUAUUUUGUAGAAAUGUCCUGUGUCCAACAGGUAGUUACAGAGUGCACCCCCCCCCCUUCCCCUUCCCCUUCACUGGUCUCCUUCUCUGUACCGAAAAUGUAUCAAACCAAAGACCCCUGUACCGAAAUUUUUUCUGUACCGUUCCACCCCUAUUCCUGCGUAGGUGCACAGCAGUAGGAGUUGAUCAGUAUUCACCUUGAGGCUCUGAUGCAUUUGGAGCCACCAUUCAAAGAGCAUUAAUCUUCAUCGGUGUGGAUGAUGUCUGUAUUUAUUGUUGUCAUUCUUGGUGUGAAUGGCUCUUAAGACCUUUGAGUUCUGUGGGCCAAGAUGGUUAGUAGAUAGUCACAAAUGAUGAGUAUUAACCAACUCAGAUUUGUCCCGCCCACAACAUGACCACUCAUAGUUUACUGCAGCAUUUUAGUCCAGUUAAUUGUGACUCUGCUUUCUCAUAUCUUUGGUGUACACUAAUCACACACACGUGCAGUCUGAGACCCUUCAGAAGAGGUGGUCUUGGUCGGGUCCCUAACACUCGCUAGAGCUGUUUGUUUUUUUGAUGAGAACAUGAUCCAACCGUGAUCUGACUGAACAUUUGCAGCUCCUGAAGGUCGAUCUGUUCUUCAUGUUAAGUGUUAAUAGUUAAUGUCUCUACCUGCUCAAUGUUAGCUUCUUUGUUCUGCUCAGUCUGAAGGCAGUAUGUUAUUUUCAAGGCAUUUCCUUAAAGUGCAUUUGACUCUGUGCUGCUGUGUCAUACAGAUUAUUACCAUAGUUACCGUAAACUCUGCUCUGUGUUAAAUUAGUUAAAACAGUGUUUGGCUCACAGAUACACACAGGGCAUUCUGUAUAUAUUCACAUUUUUGCUACCACCUCAGACACAUUUGUAAGGUUUAAUUUUUAGUGAUUUAUUUUGGUUAAUUUGAAACUUUUUUUUUGUGCUGAGGUCAGAAAUUCACGAGGGGGAAAAUGUACCAAGUUUACAAACUCAUCCACUAACUUAGACCAGGGUAAAGUGACUAUAGGUGUAAAAACAGCCUUUGGUUUCAGUUGGUGAAUGAGUGGCUAAAUGCACUAUUUUUUCAUGUUUUAUGUUUUUUUUGCUUUUGCACUAAAAUGCAUCACUAAAAGCUACCUAAGAACACUUUAUUAUUUCAUCAGUUAAAUCACUAAGUCAAAAAUCAAGAAACUCCCAGAGUAAACUGUGUCAAAUAACAACGAAGUUUACUUCGUUGCUUUUUCUCACUCAAACCUGAGUUUAUUCUGUAAUAGAUUUGUAUCAGCUGACCUGGCCACAGGAGCUGUUUUGUCCAAACACAAUAUAUUUUUUGUUGGAUCAUGUUCCUGGUAGUAGACAGUUCUAUGGUUUGUGAAUGUACAGUUCAUGUGCUUUUACACAUACUGUUUUUUUCUGAUUCAGACACACUAAACAAAUAGAGAUAACUUUUAUUCGAGUGAUUUAGGCUUCGAAGCUGCAAAAUGGAAUGAUUGAGAGGUCAUGGAAGUAUGAACCUGCAGUUCAUUUUAUAUUUUAUUGUAAGUCGGUAAUGUGUCUUAUUUAUUUGGUUUUAUCCACUGGUGCCAUUGUAAUCUGUUCAGUUUUAAGCAUUGUUUUACCAUCUUAUUUAAGUCCAUCAUAUGUGUUUUGUCACAAUGUGAUAAAUAACUUCAUAUCAUUGAUCAUUUUAGACAUAAUUGUGCAGCCCUACCUGUUUACACCUGAGUGUUAAUGAAGAACCAGGCAGACCGGCCUGAGGUACAGACCACUAGGGAGGUAAAGACUCCUUCAGACUGAUGACAUGGGUUCAUUUAACAGAGAAAGCUCAAGUCAAACAAAGGCUGUACUGUAAAACCUGGGCACGGUCCAGAAGAAUACAAAUAAUGUGCAUUCACGUGUUUCCCAUUCAUGGAAUUUAUUUUGAUGGAGCAUAUUCAGUAAUUAGUUUUUAAUGUGUUGAUCAUGAGUUUGUGGACUAGAGAAGCAGUUCCUUACAACAUCAGUAACAAAAAAAUGUGACUUUAUUUUACAGGUCUAGUAUUUUUCAUUUAUUCUACGUUCUUUCCUCAUAAUUUCCUUAGAAGUAGCUGGCACUUUUCUGCAGAUUAUGAGGAUGUUUUGCAGAAUAGCACUGUUUUUAACUAAUUAUAAAGGAGAACGGAUGAAGUAAUAUUUAUAAAUAAGUAGCCCUACUACUACUUUUUAUUCAGGUAUUUAAAAGCAAGUUAUGCAUUAAGCGACUAAUAAUUUCCUGAAAUGACAAAUCAUUUUGACUAAUCACAUGGUUGUACUGUAAAUUCAACAGUAAUUUCAAUAAUACAGACUUAUAUUUUGUUAAAUUCAGUAAAUGUUUCCUCAUGGUCUGCAGCUGAAUAAUAUAAUUUAAUGUUUAUACACUGUCAUGGUUCUGUAAAUGGUCAAACCAAUCCAUCCUAACACAUUCCAGGUAGUAAAGGGUGUGUUUGAGUUCAACUAUUGUAAUGUUUGUCAGCAUUCACUUACUCCACCUUUUCAAUGUACCAAUACCAGUCAAUUGUUAGGAAAUUAUGAGGAAAGAUUGUAGGGUAGUGACGGAAAAAUACAGGAUCUGUAAAUUAUAGCAUCCCCAAAUUUCUGCAAUUACAUGUUGUCACAAAAAUGAAAAAAAUCUUCACUGUUAACUUAAAUGUAUUAAUACCUUUUCCUUUAUACGCCUUAGUAUUUUUUUGUUUUGGAAAACAACUGACCAUGUUAGUAAGUAUUCUACUGGUACAGACGGUUAAAACUUGACAAAAUACAGUUAAGUGCCCUUUUUUUUUAUCAUUUCAGCAAGCGAAUACCUUUUUUACUUUCACAUAGUAUUUUUUUUUAUUAUAUUGUGCAACCUCCAACAAAUAAAUUGUCCUCCUGUGGGAAACACUGAACUGUACCUACUCCCAACUUGGACUCUUUCUUGACAUUAUUAAGCCUUCACAGACUUUGGCUCAGCACCUUUUUGUUCCAGUUCAGAAGCACAGAAGCUCUUUUUUGAAUCCUGAUGGAAGCCUUAAAAACUGGUCCGUGGCUUAGCUGUACAUUUCCUCUAUGUGAAUGCAAUAAGUGUGUUGUGUCCAUGCAGUUAAUAGGGAUUCAGCCAAACUCUGAAUGUGUUGAAAACAUCACAUCUGUUGGUUUGCAACAUAUAUGUGAAAUGUUUUGUCUUUUUAAAAAAAAAUGGCAGUAUUUACAUUGUAAUGUUGUAUAAAAACACUCAAAUUUCAUCUGUUUGUAAAGUUGCAUAUAUAUUUUUUAAGAAGGGCCUGAUGACAUGUUCCUGUUGUAGCCUUCAAUAAAUGGACCAGAAUCACCUAA